UUCAGAACCUUGUUCUUCAGGGGUCGGACGCUCGAGAGGAUCGGAUCCAGGACUGUGGACGUAGUCCUGCGAGACUCCACUUAGAGAGAGGGAGGACUUUCUCGACUUUCUAACAAGGGUGCAGAAUUAAUCGCCCAGAAGUGAUUGAGUGAGCUGUUUUUUUUACCGAGAAGACUGAGUGGAGCGAGUUUUAGGACCGCAACCACCAUCAUGUGGGUCCUUAAGUCAAGGAACCUACUUUUCACCUUUGUGAUAUCGCUAGUGCUGGGCCAAAGUGUAUUCGCAGCAUCAUGUAAGACCGGUUGCCCAGCACCCAACAAAUCGACCAAGUACACUUUCCAGCCAGGAAAUGUCUACACCUACGAUCUGGACAGCUACGUGCAGGUGCAGCUGACGGCCGAAGAAGUCGAUGCCCAGCAAACGACCCUCAAGAUCGAUGGCAAAGUGGAAAUCUACGCCGGAGACAACUGUCAGUACACCCUGAAGGUGCUUUCGCUGACGACCUUCGCUCCCGAUGGCAAGAAGUCGAACUUCGGCGGGGACAUCUCGAAACCCGUCCAGUUCACGCUGUUCAACGAUGAGCUGUCACCGGAGAUUUGUACCGAAGCUACCGAUUCGGACUUUUCGUUGAACAUCAAGCGAGGUAUCAUUUCUUUGAUCCAAUCUGCGGAAGGCAAGAGCUACGAAACCGAUGUGUUUGGCGUGUGUCAGACUUCGUUCUCGAACUUCGUGACCGGCGGCGCCACCGUCGUUAACAAAGUUCGUGAUCUGACCGCUUGCGGCUACCGGGAAUCCUUCAGCCACAGUCUGGUUUCCAGCAUCAUCAACAGCAAGGCGGGCAUCAAGGCUACUCCGCUGCUAACGAGCAACUACAACAACCAGCAGACGAUCAAGAAUGGAAUUCUGGACUCCGUCAAGCUCGGAGAAGAGUACAAGUAUGUGCCGUUCGCUAAGCUCACUUCUGGUGCUGUGGCCAAGGUCACGACCAAGCUUACCUACACCGGAACCAAGGCUGGAGCUGCUCCUGCCCUGACGGCCGGAACUCCUCGGUCCAUCAUUUUCGAAAACCCACAGUCGGACUCGCAGAGCAAUCUGGAAACCAUCAAGCAAGAACUGAAAACCGUUGUGGAUUCGUACAACAACAACAAUGUUGGCAAGCUGACCGCUAGCCAGUUCACCGAACUGAUCCACUUGAUGCGUUUUUCCAAGAAGGAUGACCUUUUGUCACUCUACCAGCAAGUUAAAGCCGGAACAGCCCACAAGAACAAGUCUCUUGCUCGUAAGGUCUAUUUCGAUUCUUUGUUCCGUGUAGGCACCGGGGCUGCAGUUGAAGCCUUGGCUAACCUGUACAAGAACAAGGAAAUCGAAGGUGCUCAAGAGCAAAAGCUGCUGUUCGUAUCGUUGAAUCUCGUCAACUCGAUGACCAAACCUGCUCUCAAGGCUGCCAAACUGUUGUUGGAUGGAAAUCCUUCUCGUGAAGCAUACCUGAGCGUUGGAUCCCUUGUGAACACGUACUGCCAGAAAUUCGGUUGCGAGUCGGCUGACGUUAAAGAAAUCUCUGACAAGUUCGGAGUGAAACUAGGCAAAUGCCAGCCAGCCACCCGUAAUGAAGAAGACAUCGUUGUUGCUGUAUUGAAGGGAAUCAAGAACUCCAACAGCUUAGUGGCACCACUUUUGGAUAAGGUCGUUCAAUGCACCUCCGAUAAGGCUUCGUCUCGUGUCCGCGUCGCAGCUUUCCAGGCUUACCCCGCUGCUUCGUGCAACAAGAAGGUUGUAAACUCUGCUCUUAACUUCCUCAAGAACACCAAUGAAGAUUCCGAAAUUCGUAUCCAAGCUUAUCUGUCGCUUGUCGAAUGCCCAACGGCUGCCGUCGCCAACGAAAUCAAAGCCGUUCUGGAUGCUGAAAAGGUUUACCAAGUCGGAUCUUUCAUCUCAACUCACUUGGCUAGCCUGCGAGCUUCUGCUGACCCAACUCGGGAUGCUGCUCGUCUACACUUUGGCAACAUCCGUACCAGCAACAAAUUCCCAUUCGAUUUCCGCCGUUACUCGUUCAACCGAGAAUUUUCUUACGCCGUUGAAUCUCUUGGAUUGGGAGCCAGUGCUGACACCAGCGUUAUCUAUUCGCAAAAGAGUUUCCUGCCGAAGUCCGUAGCUUUCAACUUCACCACCGAAGUGUUCGGCAACAGCUUCAACGUCUUCGAAGUCGAAGGUCGCCAGGACAACUUGGACCGUGUCAUCGAACACUACUUUGGCCCGAAAGGAUUCUUCCAGGGACUGGAUCUACAAUCGGCUUACGAUAAAAUCAUUGAACAUUACGGCAAACUGUCCCAAAAGGCCCAGAGCCGUUUCCGUCGUGGAAUUAAGGAAGACAUCAAGGCCCUGGCUAAGAGCGUCAAUCUAGGUAACGAUGCACUGCAGGACUUCAACUUGGACAUUUCCGUCAAAUUUUUCGGAUCAGAGCUGUUUUUCCUGAGCUCAGGUGAGCACGUUCCAAGCACUCCGGAGGAGUUUUUGGACAAAAUUUUGGAAUGUUUCGAUAAGUUCUUGGAAGGAGCUAAGAAGUACGAACGGGUGUUCGAACAGCACGCUCUCUUCUUGGACUCGGACCUAGUGUACCCAACGGGAGCUGGUCUUCCGCUGAAGCUGUCCUAUGAAGGCACUGGAGUUGCUCGUCUGGAAACUAGCUUGGAAGUUGACAUCAAGGACAUUGUUAAGGAUUACAAGAACACUAAAUUCAACCUGAAGCUCAUCCCAAGCGGAAGCUACGAAGUCACUGGAACUUUGAGCGUCGAUGCAUUCACGGUCUCGACUGGAAUCCAACUUUCCGGAACCCUCCAUUCGGCUACUGGCAGCGCUGUCAGCUUUGCUCUUCUGGAAGGUGGAAAGGCUUACGAUUUGACUAUCGACUCGUUGUUCAAGAAACAAGAGCUGAUCAGCUUUAACUCCAAACUGGUGUUUGUGACUCGUGAACGCGGCAACCAACUGAUCUCUAUCCCGCUGAAAAUGAAUCAGCAGGUCAAAGAGUUCAAAGAAUGCUUCGACAACUUGUACCACAUUAUUGGAGUGACUGUUUGCGCAUCCGCUGGACAGAAACAAAUCCCCGGAAAGGCUCUGGUUCCAUUAGACGGUGAAUACAACGCUGAAGUUUACCUGGAAGUAGAUCCCAAAUAUCACUUCACUGGAAAAUACGACGAUUCCGACAAACAACAUCAAUCUCUGUUGCUUACCUUCGAUACUCCCGGCACUGAUAAGAAACGCGCCACCAGCUUGAAGUUGGAAAGCUUUUUCAAGGGAGAUGCCUAUGUGAAGGCUACGAUUGAAUCGCCUUUGAGAAACGUCGAUGUCAAGGUUGGAUUAAACAACAACGAAAAAGAAGCCGCACUAUAUGCCCUUGCCCAUAAUGGUCCAGAUGAGUACCUUGCCAAGAUUGGCUUCGAGAAGGGAGGAUCUGCCGAUCGCCAGGAAUACGUCCCAAUCUUCACAAUCAGAUCACCCAGCGGCGAUGCUCAGGUUACCAAGAUCGUGCAAACCACCGGUAAGAUCAUCGUUGAGAAGGGAGGAGAUGGUGCCACCAAAUACAACCUAGAGAACAUCGAAUGGGUCAGCCCAUAUGCCCCAAAAACCACAGUCAACGGAUUUGUGUCCCAGAAUGGACCCAGCUUCGAUACCGAUUUGGCAGUUGUCGUUGGAGCCAGCAAGAACAACGUCAAGGGUCAUUUGGACUUCAGCCCCCGUCACAUCAACUUUGAUCUCGAAAAGAAAACCGAUGGCGAUGCGGCCAAGAACUUCAAAACCAACCUUGCCGUUGCCUACACUGAUAACUCGUUCAACAACCAUUUCACCUUCGUUGCCGGAAAGGACUUUAACAAUCCUUCCAACCGUUACGAGCUGAAGCAGGUCGCCGAGUUCGAAAUCGAAGACAAGAAGCUUCAGUCGCUGAAACUCUCGAACAAACUGCAGUUGCCGAAGCAACUGUUCCGACUGGACUUCGCUACCGGUAAGAACCAGUUCAAGCUGGAUGGUGAAUACGGUUACGAUAAGUACAAGAUUGCCGCCAACGUCGAUGCCAAGUACAACGAAAAAACUGCCGGAGAUUACGAUGUUAAUUUCGGUGGAUCGUUGAACAAGCAUUUCUUCAAGGUAUUUUCCAAGCGAACAAUCGAUGCUACCAAGAGCAAGUUCCAGAACCGUCUGACUGCCAGCACUGGAACUAAGAUUGAAGUGAACGGCGUCGCUACUAACAAAUUUACCGAACAAGAAGGUGAUCUCAGCAUUGAGGGACUGUUCGUGGCUGUCGAGAAGGCUGAUCCUUACAAACUGACUCUGGUCCUACAGCUUUCCCCAUCAAACAUAUUGUCCAAUGCCAAGGUUCUAAUUGGUAAGGAUGAAUUCGCUACUUACGAUGUGAAGUUGGAUCGCACCGAAAACGCCAAUGGAAAGUUCAUUUUUACUGUCAAGGAAUUCUUCGACGGCAAUGGUGAGUUUAAGGCAAAGAACGGAGAGGGUGACGGAUUUGCUCUGGUCAACUUCUUGAAGCAGGAUCGCAAACUUAAGCUGGACACUAAGUUCAAGAUCAACGCACCCGUUUACGACAUUGCCACAGACUUCUACUACGAUUUCGACAAGGAUAACAGCAAGAAGGUUCACUUCGAUACCAAGAAUAAGGUCACUAAGAGCAGCUUUGAUAGCAAGAACAAGCUAGAGAUCUUUACCGAAAAGUAUGAAUUCAACGUUCAAGGACAACAGACCGGACAACCGACUGACGGUUCUAUGAGUGGAAAAUUCUCUUUAGUUCUGCCAACCGGUCGUACUCUGUCUGGUGACAUCAAACGUGAAGUCAACGGAAAGGAUGACAAAAAGAGCACUGGAAGCAUUAACUCUCAUUUGUUCGAUAAGCUACCCAAUGGCAAGCAACAAUCGCUCACAUUCACGGGAACUCUGAAGGAUGGAGAUUUCAAGGCACGGUUCUUCGACAUGGUUCACAAUUUGAAAUUCACUACAUUCGAAGGCAAAGACCUAGAUGUUCAAAUUGACACCAAACAUCUCCCAGCUGGUCACUUCAAGACCGCUGCUGUGCAUGUCAAGGUUAAGGGUUCACUGGUACCACAAGCUGGAGAAGUUGCAUUUGACCUCGAUGAAUACUGUGAAAACCACGCUGUCUACCGUGUUGGGGGAAAAUACGGAAACGAUUUUGAUGGAACUAUCAGUGGUAACUAUCACGUUGGCAAACCAGGCAAGCCUCACACCCACGAAAUCAAGUCUACGGUCAACAUCCCUCAGGCUCCAGUGAAGAAGAUUACUUUCGACUCGAAGGGCAGCUAUCUGGAACCGGAAAGCGAAACCAGCUUGUACGAAUUCACUUACGGAGGAACCUUCGGAUACAACGACAAAGUUGUUCAGAUAUCUACUAGCACCAAAGGAAACGUCAAUCAUGGAACUGGCAACAUCAAGCUCAAUCUGCCAGAGUUGGAUCCAAUUGCCGCUGACAUUUCGUAUAACUAUGACGGCAAAGAAGAUGGUCCAAUUGCAACGAAAGGUUCGCUGAAGGUCAACUAUGGAAAAGGUCGCUCUUUCGAGUUCAACGGAGACGCCAAGGCUGUUGGACCUGAUGAUAUUUCCGUCCACGCUACCUUUAAAUCUGAUAUCGAUCACGUCAAGAAUGUAGAUUUGACCUUUAAGCACGUUAAGUCUGGAGACCACGCCUACAACACCAAGCUUCAUGUAACUGCCGAUGACAAGACGUACACCUUCGAUAACGCUGUUGUGCUUUCCGAAUCAAACCCCUCUAUUGACUUGUCGAUAAGCUGCCCAGCAAACACCAUGAAGAUCUUCGGUUCGUAUAAACUUAUCAAUGACCGUGCUUUCAAGGCUGAAGCGAAGGUACAAAAUUUGGGAGACUUCAAUCUAGAUACCAACGUCGAAGCCAACUUCCAGAGCUACGAAACAUUCUACGCCAAGGCUUAUCUGGACUCUGCUAAACUGAAUGCCAACAAGAUCAGCGUUGAGCUUAACUCCAAGCCAGGAAACAGCGGAAAGGGUGUCGAAUUCAAGGCCUCUUCGGAUGGCAAGAACAUCCUCAGUGGAUACGCUGACUACUCGGUGAAGGAACAGGGCAAGAGCACAAUCAUCGAAGGCCAAGGUAAUGUGAAACUGUAUGACAAACAGCAAACUGCCUCGUUCAAAUUGACUCGUGAGAAACUGCAGGAAGCUGGUUACGCCUUCACCCUGGCUGGAUCUGUAGGAAAGAACAGCAUUUCAACUGAGGUACGCGUGAAGCCAAGUGACUUCAAGCUCAAGAACUCCGUGUGCGAUGACAAGAAACAAUGCUCUAACGUCGAAAUCCAAUCAAAAUUGGAGCGCACUGGUGACAAAUUUAAACACGAAGCCGUUGUAACGAUUGAUCUGCAACAGCUUGGCUACUCUCAUGAGUUUGGAUUGACUGCCAAGACCUCUGGAAAUGGCUUCACCCUGGACCAUACCACCGACAUUCAGCUGAAGGAAAAGAAACAGCCCAAAUACCAAUACCAGUUGUACAUUCACCCAACUCGUGCUGGAGCCAGUCUCAUUUUGCCAUCUCGUUCGAUUGUCGUUGAAGGCGUGUUCUUGUACCCUAAGGAAAAAUUCGGUCAAUACGACAGCACCGUUUCCUUCUACCUGGAUAAGAAGAACUCCCCCAACAACAAAGCAACUUUCGGUUUCACCGGCGAAACUAAACUGGUUGGAUCAGCCGGUAUUGGAGGAACUGGUUCUCUGAAAUUCUCGCAUCCAACUAUCAAGGAUUUGGUCAUCAGCGCUUCUGGUACCCUGGAUGGAGAAAAGCAAAUCGCCGAUGGUACAUUCGAGCUGGACAUCUUCAAGAACGCCAACGACAAAAUCGUAGCCCACGCUAAGUACAUCAACAGCGAUCACACCUUCAAGGGCUUCAACGUCAGCUCUGAGUUGAAUGUUUCGAGCAAGGGUCUCGGAUUUGAUUGCGGUUUCGAUGGACAUUCAGCUCUUUCUCUGGCAACCAAGCAACUGAGUGUUGCUGGAUCUGUCAAUCUGCCAUUCGAAGAUUUCCGAUUUGGAUCGUAUCUGUUUGCUAGUCCCGAAGAAUUCGACUUUAUCUUGAAACGAUUCAACGAUGAGUUGGUCCGUACCCAUGGAUCCUACGAUGCCAAAAAACAUAAGGCCGACCUUACUUCGACCUUCAAAUUCGGUCCACAACGAGCUGUUGUUCUACAAACCAACGUCAACGGAUUCUCUUCUGCCAAAUUCUCACUGAACCAAGAGAAGUUCUUCAACAUUGACGGAGCUUUCGCUGUUGAUAAGGCUGCCACUCUGAAGAUCGUUGGAGAAGAAAAGGAACUUUUGAGCGCCAAGAUAGCCCUUGAUGCUACUCAUUUCCUGUCUACCGAAUACAAGCUUAGUGAAGACAAUGCCAAGGCCUUCCUGCAAUCUUUCAACAAACACAUCCAGAAGGACAUUGAGGCUGCUAAGGCUGAUUUCGAAAAGAAAUACACUCAAUUGACCGCCGAUAUUAACAAAGUUACCAACAAUUUGAUUGCUGCCUUACCCGACUUCAGCAAAUUCCAGGCUGAUUACUCUGCUCAGUUAAGCAAGCUGCAAGAUGAGCUGUUACAGGACCCAACAAUCAAACAGUUCUUCGAAUUCGCAACUCGACUCUAUGCUUCGUUCCAUGAAGUCUUCGUACAAUUGAGCAAAAUCUUGACCGACGGCUUCCAGAAAGCUUCUGCCAUCAUUACCGACGUUAUUGCCAAGCUUACAGAGACAUUCAACACUAAAUUGAUGCCAGUGUUCAAGGAAUUGUACACCAAGAUCGAAGCUAUCACACUUGGCUUAUACGAAGAAGCAGUUAAAUUGGUUGUUGCCGUUUUCGAACGCAGCGUUAAGGCCCUGAAGACUUUCGAAGAUGACUUCAACAAAAUCGCCAAAAACAUCUCCGAGCUGUUCAAGAACUUUGCUCAGAACUUCAACAAGGCAAUCAUCAGUCUGGAGAAGGAAUUCAAGGAACUGUACAAGGCCAUGCAAGAAUAUUUGGAUUCAUUCGACGAAUUCAAGGUUGUUAAGGAAAUGUUCCACGAAUACUUCGCUGGAUUCGACCAAUACGCUUACCAAUUAUUGAAGGAACUUUUGACAAUGGCUGAAGAUUUGUACCCAGUGCCAGAAGUUAAGGCCUUCACUGCCUCGGUUAACAACUACGUCACUAGCAAAUUGGAAAAGAAACCAGUUAACGAUAUUGAAGAGUUGAAGACUAUCUUCAUCAACUUUGUCAAGGCUCUAAAUCUGUUGGUUGAUAAACUGGCUUCAACGGUAUCAACCUCUUUCGAAGAACCAGGGUUCAUGGGAGGAAUUCCAUCAUUCGCUACGUUCAAGAUUGUUCCAUAUAUCAGCAGCAUUAAAUUCAGUCCAUUUAACUAUCUGCGCAAUGAGAAGUUCUACUCGGUUCGCGAUUUCUUGUACCAGUUCCGUCCGUAUGCAUGGAACCCACUUGCAGUUCUGCCACCGUUCAAACUUUACGGUGAACUUUCUGACGGUAGCCAUUUCUUCACCUUUGACGGCAAGCACUUCACUUUCCCAGGAAGCUGCCAGUACGUAUUAGCAUCGGACUUUGUCGAUGGAAACUUCAGCAUCGUUGCUAACAUUCAGAACGGAAAACUAAAGGCCAUUUCUCUGAUCGAUAAGGACAUCGUUGAGCUGAAUGAUAAGGGAGUUGUUACUUUGAACGGUAAGGCCACCGAUUUGCCAAUUCACAAAGACGACAUCCACGUAUGGCGCAAGUUCUACACGGUUAACUUGCUGAGCACUUAUGGUGCCUCGGUUAUGUGUACAACCGAUCUCAAGUUGUGUCACUUCAGCGUUUCUGGAUUCUAUCUUGGAAAGAUCAGAGGUCUGUUGGGCAAUGGUAACAACGAGCCUAACGAUGAUUAUCUGCUGCCAAACGGAAAGAUUUCCGAAAGUUCUACUGACUUUGCCAACAGCUACAAAACAACGAAAUCGUGUGCUGCCGUUGCUGAUCCAGGUCACACUUCGCAUGAACACAGCAGUCCCGUGUGUGCCAAACUGUUCGGAAGUGAGAGCUCGUUGCGUUAUUGCUUCUUCUUCAAGGAUCAAUCCAACUAUCGGGAAGCUUGCGAACAUGCCGUCCAUGGUGCAGAAGAUCCUGAAAAGGCUGGAUGUGAAAUUGCCUUCGCCUACGCUUCAUCGUGUCGUCUGGAUCUGAUCCCGGUGAAUGUUCCAUCGCAAUGUGACAAAUGCUCUGUCGGAGGAAAGUCUAUCGAUGUCGGAGAUCAAUUCAGCGUUACUUCGCCACAGAAGAAGGCCGAUAUUGUUGUUGUUGUUGACACUGCUCUUGGACCACUACUUGGUGAACUGGUGCAGGCAUCGAUCAACGAUCUGCGCAAGGAACUCAAGGCUAGCGGCAUCGCUGAUACUCAGGUCGUGGUCAUCGGCUACAACAGGAACCAGAAGUACGUCAAGCUAUUCACUAGCGACGGUAAACUCGACUACACCGGAAAGUUGGGACAGGCCAACCUUGAGGGACCACAACGUUGCAAACCACUUGUGACCGGCAACAAAAAUGUGGACGACUUCUUCAAAGCUCUGCAUGACAUCGGUGAACAGAUCGCUGAAGAUUUGGCACUCACCUCGGACGCCCAAGCUUUCCUGCAGGCCUUGCAGUAUCCAUUCCGUGCCACGGCUAGUAAAUCUAUUCUACUCAUCCACUCUGACGACACCGAGAAGACAGCUAAUCCUUCUCGACCAAUCAAAUCGCUUUUGGCUACCUUAGAUCUCAAGUCCAAGGGUAUUGGAUUGCACGUGAUAACGCCAGUUAAGAAUCUCGGAAUUACCAACAGCAAGGACCAGAAGAAGGUUAAGGAAAUUGUUGGAUUCAACUCCAAGCAAGCAUUCACGCUUGCCGACAGCAAGAAGCGCACCAAUAUCGGAUCUACCGAGCUGAAGAACAACCUCAAGUUCGACUCCGACCAGCUGGUCGAUUUGGUUCAGCACAACGACGGAUUCGUGUUCGUGCUGCAGAACUUCAGCGGUCAGAAGCAGGCCAAGGACAAGAAAUCCUUCGUAUCAGUACUAGCGGCCGCGCUGAGUGAACAAAUCUCACGGACGGAAAUCUCCAGCGAUUGCGUGUGCAAGCUUCGAAACGGUCUGCACGCGGAAGAAUCCUGUGAAGCCAAGGAGACCAAGUAUCUGCCUCCAGUGAAAAAGGCCGGAGGUUCCAAGGGAUAAACGUUCAAAACCCAGUCAGCAUAUUUAUUAAGUCAGCAACAUCGCAAGCUGGGGCUGUAUCAUCCGAUCGUCAUUAGCAGUACAAAUAUUCCUAAAUAACUAUUGUAUUGUAGUACUUCACCAAAGCGAAUCGAAUAAAAUGAACCAAUUUUUACACAA